CAAACGUUCAGCUCCGGAUUCACUCACCGGCGGUGUGACGUUUCUCUCUGCGGGACCAACAUGGCAAUUUUCUGCACAAUUUUGAGCUGGGCUGCGGUGUUUCUGCUCUUUUUGGUUUUCGUAACGUUUCUCGGUUACUGCGUGUACGUCAAAUACAUUCACAUGAAAUAUGACCAUAUACCUGGACCACCGAGAAACAGCUUCCUCCUGGGACAUUCAUCUACGUUUUUGGAGAUAAUGAGGAAUGGCGGGGUGGUACACGACAAGUUUCUGGAGUGGGCCGAGAUUCACGGGCCUGUUUACAGGUUGAAUGUUCUGCAUUACAUUUUACUCCUCGUGACCUGCCCAGAGACAACCAAGGAAGUCCUGAUGUCUGCAAAGUAUCCCAAAGAUAGUUUCUACAAGAAGCUCUUCAACCUGUUUGGUCAAAGGUUCCUUGGUAACGGCCUGGUAACAGCACUGGACCAUGAACAGUGGUAUAAACAACGCCGCGUCAUUGACCCUGCAUUCAGCAGCCUGUAUUUGCGAGGUCUGAUGGGAACCUUCAAUGAGAGGGCAGAGAAACUGAUGACUAAACUUACUGAUGUCGCUGAUAACAAAACAGAGGCCAGCAUGCUCAAACUCGUCAACUUUGUUACCAUUGAUGUUAUUGCUAAGGUUGCGUUUGGUGUGGAUUUAGACCAGCUGGAGAACCCUUCAGUCUUCCCCAAAGCCAUCGAAAUGUGCCUGAAAGCGAUGGUGUUCGUUGCCAGGGACGUCUUGUUUGAGUACAACCCAAAGAACCGACCAUUCAUUAAGAAAGUGAGGGAAGCGUCCCACCUGCUGCGUUCGACCGGAGCGAAGUGGGUUCAUAACAGAAGGACUGCCAUGCAGAACGGCGAAGACGUCCCAAAGGACAUCCUCACACAGAUCAUGAAAACAGCAGGCAAAGAGGAAAACACAACUAAAGAAGACGAGGAGUUGAUGUUGGACAAUUUUGUGACAUUUUUCAUUGCAGGGCAGGAAACCACAGCUAAUCAACUGGCUUUCUGCAUCAUGGAAUUAACACGGCAUCCUGAAAUACUGGAGAAGUUAAGGAAGGAGCUGGAUGAUGUCAUUGGGAUGAAACAGGACAUCAGUUAUGACGAUCUGGGGAAGCUGAUCUACCUCUCACAGGUGCUGAAAGAGACUCUGAGGAUUUACCCGCCAGCUCCAGGUACAACUCGAGACGUGCCCUAUGACUUCGUCAUUGACGGUAUCCGUGUACCUGCAGGAGCCACGUAUUUUUUCAACUCUUACGUGUGUGGGAGAAUGGAAAAAUUCUUCAAGGACCCGCUGACAUUUGAUCCAGACAGAUUUCACCCAGAUGCUCCAAAGCCUUAUUACUGCUACUACCCGUUCGCCCUCGGCCCACGCUCGUGCCUGGGACAGACCUUUGCUCAGAUGGAGGCUAAAGUGGUGAUGGCCAAGCUGCUGCAGAGGUUUGACUUCAGCCUCGUGCCGGGACAGACCUUUGACGUCGAGGACACCGGCACGCUCCGGCCAAAGAGUGGAGUGGUGUGCUCGGUCAGACACAGGAAUCACAAGAAAUAAAUGCUCGGAUGCUUCCAUAAAACAACAGAGGAAACUAUCAUGUCUAUGAUUUUAAAAAACUGGCUUUUAGAGUUGCUUUUUGCAGAUUUGUACUCCUGUCUGAAAGCCUAUUACACUGCAGUAGUUUGAUUACUUAAAAAAAUGGUUUUAACCUUUGUAAGAAAAAAGUAUCAGCUGUUUUUUAUUUAACGAUAUAAACAGUAAAUCCACAUGCAGUUAUGAUAAUGAUUUUUAUAACCUAAUUAUAAUGAGG